AUGGAACAAGCGCUAUCAACAUCGUUAGAAACAAGUACUAGAGCAACAACAACAAUGACAACAACAGCAACAACAAAUAAUUCUGAGUAUCAUCGAUGUCCGUUUAAUUUUCAUCCAAAUAAUAUGAAAAUUGAUUCAACAACAAUAAUAAGAAAUCAAGAACCAUCUAGAAAAAGACAACUGAGUGAAAGUAAUACGUGCAAUACAAUUUAUGAAAUGCCAAGAACAGUAGUAGAUAACAGCUGUCUAUCACCAGCUGUCCCAAUGAAUAAAAUGAAUGAAACUGCAACAACACCUACUCGACCUACAUCUUUAUUUUUAACAAAUACUACAACUGAUCGUUCAUCUACAAGUUUACGUUCCUAUCUUAGUCAUCCAUCAAAAUCACCAACUAUUUUUCCUUCAAUUGAAGAUAAUUUAUCACCAACAUUAAAAUUUACAUCAUUACCAGAACUUUCUUCUCCGCCAGCUAAACGUCUUCGUCCUCAAUCAUUACUUUUAACACCUACAUUUCCACCUGUUAUUGCAAUACCAAUAAAACCUCUCCUACCGCCGUUAUCAUUAUCAAUUAGUUUUAUUAGUCCAACUGAAUUAGCCGAUAAAUUAAAAGACAAAACUUCCUUAACAAUUUUCGAUUGUGGUUCGCCAUUUCGUCAUAGUGAACAUCGGAUACGUAAUUCAGUUCUUCUUCGUGUUUCGGAUAAAAUCUCACGUAAACGUUUAAAAACAAAUGUUAAACAACAUUCAACAAUUGAUAAUAAACAAUUACAUGAAAGUCAAUAUAUUAUUUUAUAUGAUGACAGUACAAAUAUGCGUCGUCAUUGUACAGAUCUUUUAUCAUCUGAUGAUGAACAAUUAUCAGCAGCAUUUAAAUGUGCAUGUGAAGAAAUUCAACGUUGUUUCACAACGAAUUAUCCUCCUGUACUUGUUCUUAAUAGUCCAUUUAAUAAAUUUUUUGAUUUAUAUCCAAAUCUAUGCGAAUCUCUACAACCCCGUUCAUGUCCAUCAUCACCAACAAAUCAUUCAAAUGAAUCAUCACCACCUCAAACAGCACCACCAAUACAAAACUCAUUCAUACAUCAUCCUACAACGACGACGACGAUAAUGGAUGAAAAUACUAUUACUAAUCAUCCGAUGACACAUAUUAUCGAUGGUUUAUAUAUUGGAAGUGAAUCAAAUGCGAAAAAUCUCGAUGAAUUAUCGUCUGAACAAAUUCGAUAUAUUGUUAAUGUAACAUCACAUGUACCUCUAUAUCAUUCAGAACAAUUUCAAUACUGUCAUUUACCAGCUGAUGAUACACAAAAACAAAAUCUAUUAGAAUAUUUCGAUAAAGCUUAUUCAUUUAUUCAUAAUGCAAUUGAAAACAAUGAAAAAGUUCUUGUUCAUUGUGUUGCCGGAAUAAGUCGUUCCCCGGCUAUUGUCAUUGGAUUUUUAAUGCGUUAUGCGAAAAUGAAUAUGAAUGAUGCAUAUGAUUUUGUUAAAAGAAAACGUUCAAUUGUUUCACCUAAUCUCAAUUUUAUGGGACAAUUACUUGAAUAUGAAAAAAAACUAAAACAAGACAAAUGA